AUGGAUUCGAAUGGGACGAUCAGCGCGCGCAAGGCGGCAUGCCGACAAGAGCUGAAGGAGCUGCACGCUGGGCUGAAACUCGUCUUGCUCAUCUUCAACGCCGCCGUCCGCAAGCACUGCCCGAUUAUCAACGCAGUCAGCGAGCGCGACAUGGAGGACGCAAUCGACCGCCUGCUUCGUAACCUCACACCCAACAUCGCCACCACCCUUCGCCCACUCGCCACUCAAUCCUUUCUCGAGACAUCGGUGAUGCAGCUCGCAUCCACUUUCAUGAAGGGUGUCACGAUUCUCAAGACGAACGUCCCGAAGCCCCCUAAGGUGACCCACGGAGGCAUGGAAGACUACAAGAAGUGCGUGGAUGACUACAAAGAAUACCACGAGGCAGUGCGCGACUCGAUUCGUGCUGCUCUCCCGUCCUCCAUCGUCCACGGCAUCCGCAACCUCCAACUGGACUGCUCGUUCUACUCAUCCGGCUUGAUCCCAGGCUUUUGGGGAUCCUCCACAACCGACCUUCAGCUCACGACAAGCAAUCUCCAGUUCCUCCACCAGCAACUCCUGCAUCUCGCCAAUCUCCUCUUCCGGCUCGAUCACAGCGUCAGUAGCUUCGUUGAAUACGAGAUGGACACUUACGCCACAGUGCUCUCCGACCGUGGCAACCCCGACUAUAAUGGUGUCACUCUUCCAUACGCAUUCCUCGAGCUAUUGAUCGCUCUCGAGUUCUGCGGCCCCAAGGAGACAGUCAUUGUUCUCAACGUGUGCGACUAUGGCAAGCAGCUCUGGGAUGGGAAGGAAGUCGUAGUGACGGAAUCACCGACAGAGACACUGGUAAAGAUGCUGGGAGGGCUGGAGUUUACGACGAUCAAGUCGUUGCGCAAGGCGAAGGAGGUGAAGGAGAAAGGGGCAGAAGCAAAAGAGGGGGAGGCUAAAGAGGUGGAGGCCAAAGACGCGGAGGCGAAGGACACGGAGACGAAAGAAGCAGAGCCGAAAGAAGCGAAAGCGAAGGAGACGAUGCUGGAGGACGAGCAGGUGGAGGAGAACGGCGCAGAGGUGGGAGCAGGGCUUGCAUAA